UAUAACACACAUUCAAGAGAAAUCAGACAUGCAUGGUUGCGACUUGGGUAGAAAAAUCUGAGUUGUUGUUACUUGCAUCGAAAGUCCCCGGUGUGUUUAAUGGAACGCGUAUUUGCACGACUUGUAUAGGCGUUUGCCAAACGUAUUACUCAGCGUUCAAGAUUUGACCUCCUUUGUAUAAAUACAACAGUAUUCGCAUAAUCCCCAUAGUUAAGUCGGCAAGAGAAGUGAUCAUCUCAAUCCAAUCCCAAAUUAAACUUUGCGAUGUACACGACCAAGCCGCUCUCGGCGUUCAGGAGCCACCCGGAGGAGGCCGCGUCCGUGCCGCCUCCCUCCGGCGGCAGCCCCGGCUACCUCGUCAUCAAGACCACCGACGACGACGACGGCGCCGGCGGAGAGACGUGCUGCUGGGGCUGCUGCGACGACACGCAGAUCCGCCGGCUCCCUUUCCCGCAGAACCGUGUCAUCACGGUCCGCGAGGGCGACGACGAAGAAGACGUCGUGUUCAUCCCCGUGCCCGGCCAGCCGCUCUCCUUCAACCGCUACUACGCGGUCCUCGCCCGUGGCAAGCACCGCGGCAUGGUGCGGCCGUGCUCCAGGGAGCAGGACGUGGCCACGAGCUGCUUCUGCUGCCGGGUCAUCCGGGACGCGUCGCCGCGCGCGUUCGACCCGGACGACGUGUACCAGCAGAUGGAGAUCGUGCCGCACAGGAAAGGCGGCAGCUUCAAGGCGAGGUCGGUCGCCGCCGACGGCCACCCUUACGAGCUGUACCGGACAAGGUACUGGCAGGCGUACGCGUCCAGGCCCAAGAACUUCGACCUCGGCGAGGCCCUGGGCCUCAACGACCCGCUCCGGUCGCGCCAGCUGCGUGCCCAGGACCUGACGCUGUCGCUCCACCCGGCGCCGGCGGAGGGCGUGGUUGGGAGGUGGUACUGCCCGUUCUUCUACGUCAAGGAAGACGGCGUGCCACUCUAGAAGCAGAUGGACCGGGCCACGUUCUACGAGGUCGUCCUGGAGCAACGACGGGAGAACGUCGAUGCCGUGCGUGGCAGCAAGAUGGCGCUCGUCGGCGGGGUUGACGCGGGGAAUCUGGAGUCGUCGGGGAGCUCGCAGGACGAUGGAUACGUCUGGUUCAGGGCUGCGGCUGGGCAGAGGGUGGGUGUGUUGGGAAGCAUGUGGGAGAAGAUGCUUUGGGAGGAGCGCAGAGGCGGGUGGGCCGACGAAGAAGACGGCGUCGAGAGGGCGGUGAUCGCCGCCGGCGUGUCGUCGGUUCUUGUUGAGAGGUUCGCGGUCAAGAGGAUGGAUGGCAGCGUCGCCGUGGCGUUUGACUUUGUGCAUCUCAACAGGGCCAGACCGAUGUGACCAUGAAAACAGGACAAACUACGUCACGGUGACAACGUGUAGUCGUGACUCGUGACCGGAUUAAUUGCCGAACAAGAUCGAUUUCAUCUUGUAAAUUAUGCUUGCACAAUAGAAUGGUGGGCACGUCAUGGAUGCAUUAGUAUUUGUAUUUUCUAUGUGAGCCAUAGGAUGGCAAAUAAUUAUAACUAAAUCAUGUAAAAAAAUGUAAUUAAAUCC